UCGACUGUGUAUAUUCAGACCACUCUGUGGCACCGUCCUUGGUAAAGUUAAAAAAUACGCUGUAUUUUAAGUACGUUUAUUUUUUUAUCAAUAGUUUAUGUUUAUACAAAAACAAUGACUAAUAAAUGUUAGCAAAUUUUAGUUUACAAGUAAACUUAAUUUAACCACAUAUUAUUCAUGUCUGAGUAUUUAUGGUAAUCUGAAGCUUAUCAUAACCUCAAAAGUUGAUGAAAUUUUACAAAAUGAGUUUUUCUUAAAUUUAUUGCAUUUAUUCAUUUAUAUUUACAUUUCGUAACAAUAAAUUUUCAAAUAAAAUGGCUACGCCUACUAAUGGUAAUGGAAACUUGGUAGACGAGUUUGAAGAAGCAUUUCAGCAAUGUCUAAAUAUUUUAACCAAAGAAGAAGGGUUAGGGAAUAAUAGCAUAGGAAGUGGUUUAGCGAUAGAUAAAGAUGAAACAAAAGUAGAAGUAGAGCAAGUAACGCUGAGAUUCAUUGAUCUAGCACGACAAAUGGAAGCUUUUUUUCUUCAAAAAAGAUUUCUUUUAUCUGCUCUGAAGCCUGAGCUAGUCAUCAAAGAAGAUAUUAAUGAUCUCAAAUUCGAAUUAUCACGAAAGGAUGACCUUAUAAAAAGACAUUAUGAUAAAAUCGCUGUAUGGCAAAAUCUCCUAGCUGAUUUGCAAGGUUGGGCAAAGUCUCCAGCACAAGGACCAGCUCCUAAUGGAUUACCAAAUGGUGGUCAAGGUCCACAAGGACCACCAGGUACAAAUGGCACUGGAGGAGGACCAAUGCAACAACAGCAACAAAUAUUACAGCAUCAACAACAGCUUCAACAGCAACAGCAAUUACAACAACUUCAACAGCAUCAAUUGCAACAGCAACAACUUCAUCAACAACAGGUGCAGCCGGGUAGUGGUGCAACACCAGGUCCACCAGGUCUUCAGGGUGUAAAUGUUGGCCAACAAGGAAUGUUCAUGAGCCAAGGGGUAGGCGCAGGUCGUGCUGGUGGUUUUCCAGUUGGUGGUGUGGGAAGCAGUGCAUUACAAGGGCCUUUGGCCUUUUUGGAGAAGACGACGAGCAACAUAGGCAUGCCCGAGAGGCGGAGUUGACGCGGAAGGGGGAGGGGGCGGGGACGGGGUCGCGGUAGAGGCCGAGGAAGAGGUCGUGGUGCCGGUGGCGGAUUGCCACCGCCACCCCCGAUCCUCGACCCUACAGAUCCUUCGUCUUAUGCAGCAGCCGCUGCUGCGGUCGCCGCCGUCGCCUCCUCACCCCUUUCCUCUCAACAGCAACAGCCUCCCUCGUGCACCUGAUAAAUCGCUCAGGAAAUUCAACUCCUCAGUCCUCUUCUCCUGCUCAAUACAUUCCGACGAUCAUUUUUUAUGUAUAAGUCAUUUGGAAAAAACUGGUAGUUUUUUUCAAAUAAAUGUGUACAAGAUUUUUCCAGCUUUCGUACAUCUUCGAAGACUGAACUGUCGAGUUCUCAUUUGUUUAGUUUUGGCAUUAUAGAUUUUCAAGUUGGAAUUUUUUUAUUUAAUAUUCAUAAAAACAAUUUAGUAUAUGUAAAUAUCAUUUGUCCAGUUCAACCAAUGGGCAUUUUAUUGUAUAAAAUAAUUUUUUAUAGUGAGCCUAGACAAAUUAUUAGUUUAACUCUAAUUAUUAUUAUGAUUAUUAUUA